AUGACAAUAGAUUCAAAUUCUUUUAUUGCUUUGGCUAAUUUAUUAUUAGAUAAAAAAGAUUAUGAUCGAGCAGAACAAUUCUAUUUAAAAGAUCUAGAAUUGGAAAAUGAUACUGGAUUACAUCAAGUUAAGAUAUUAAAUAAAUUAAGUCAACUUUUUGCAAAGAAAAAUCAACUUGAUAAAGCUAAACAAUACUAUCAACAAGCUAAUGCAAUUAAACAACAAUAUUCAUCGAAAUAA